GGAGAUAUGGAGAGAUCGUGUAGCAAAUGCGCAUCCAGGAAUUUUCCACCCACAAUAUUUUCAAUAAGACAUAAAUUGAUAUGAUAUCCGAAAAUUUCCGAAAUAACGACAUCAGUAUUGACGUCAUGCAAUGAUUCGAAAAUAAGCCCCCGCUCCCCCCCCAGCGGUGGAAUGGAGCAGCCAUGAAUGGGGAGGCCCGCCCCAGCAGCCCGGACCCGUCCUGCGGCCCCCUGCCCGACUGGCGGGAGUUCUGCGAGCUGCACGCCCGCGCGGGCGCCUCCGACUUCGCCGACAAGUUCCGGCGCUUCGUGCGCGAGAACCCCAGCUACGACUCGCCGGGCGCCGACGUCUCCUUCUCCCGCCACUUCGCCCGCCACUUCCUGGAGUGCUUCUCGGCGGCGCUCAGCCAGACCCACGCCCCCGCCAUCGUGCCCUUCGCCGGGCUCCAGAGCUGCCCGCUCCCCUACGGCCACGACCUCUACCUGCGGCGGCGUGGCGCGGGGGCGUCCAGCGAGUCCCUGGACAGCGUGGACAGCGGCACGGCCAACGGCAGCCCCCGGGCGCCCGCCGCCUGCAAGGCGGCCGCGCUCGGACACUCGCGGAGCUCCGAGGACGUCUCGGCCGCCAGGCUCAACCCCAAAGCGCGCUUCAAGAAGGGCUUCUCGCUGCGCAACAUGAGUCUGUGCGUGGUGGACGGCGUGAAGGAGAUCUGGCACCGCCGGGCCUCGCCCGAACCCGACGCCGGGCGCAAGGCCAACGGCGAGCUGGCGGACCGCUGGACCCACCGCCUGCGGCUCUCCAGGGCCUCGCAGGGCCACAAGGCCGAGCUGCUGGAGGUGCAGCGGGAGGGCGCCCUGCGCUACAUGGUGGCCGACGACACCACCUGCAUGGGAAGCUCCCAGUGGCAGAAGUGCCGGCUGCUGCUGAGGAAGGUGGGGGGGCCGCCGCCGCGGGCUGAGGGCGAGCGCUUCCUGCUGGAGUUCUACGUGCCCCCCAAGUCCUCCAAACCCAAGGUGAGCGUUCCUCUGUCAGCGGUGGUGGAGGUGAGAACCACGAUGCCUCUGGAGAUGCCCGACAAGGACAACACCUUUGUGCUCAAGGUAGAAAAUGGUGAAGAAUAUAUCUUGGAGACCAUUGAUUCAUUGCAGAAACAUUCUUGGGUAGCAGAUAUUCAGGAUUGCAUUGACCCUGGGGACAGCGGAGAUGACAUCGAGCUCAGCUCCUUCCCCCAGAGCCUACAGCCCAGGGAGUUCCCCAUGGUGUCGUCCUGCAGCUGCGAACUCCUGUCCGAGGGUUUCCAUCGAGUGCCUGUGAGCACCACGGGAGCUUCGCUCUACAGCGCCCCCUCUGUCCGCCUCCGGGACUCCCCCUUCAGCGAGCACCCGUCACACAUCCCCUUAGAAUGCUUCCUGCAGUCGCUGGACACCCCUGCACCUGGAGCAGCCGGUCAUGGCGAUGGAGCAGAGGAGACGGAGGCUGACGCCGGUCUGGGCGGAUACCCCUGGUUCCACGGCACGCUCUCGCGGGUUCGGGCGGCCCAGCUGGUCCUGGCGGGCGGGGCCCGGAGCCACGGCCUCUUCGUGAUCCGGCAGAGCGAGACGCGGCCGGGAGAGUUCGUCCUCACCUUCAACUUCCAGGGCAAGGCCAAGCACCUGCGGCUGUCUGUGAACGACAGCGGGCAGUGCCACGUGCACCACCUGUGGUUCCAGACGGUGCCGGACAUGCUGCAGCACUUCCACACGCACCCCAUCCCGCUGGAGUCCGGAGGCUCCGCCGACAUCACGCUGCGCAGCUACGUCCAGGCCCCGCCGCCCCCGCCAGAGCCAGGUGUGCCUCCUCCCCCUGCCCCCUCCAGAGACGCUGGUUGCCGGGGCGACCCUCCCCAAUCCGUGCACUACUUCCCUGGGGGCCUGCAGUCGGCCACGCCUCCUUCAGACGGUCCGGUCUCCUCCAGCUCCUCCUCCUCACCGGCUGCGCCUCCUCCCCUCGGCCGCGCCGACACGGCGGGCGGAGGAGGCCUGCGGAGCCGGAGCAACAGCUCGGAGCACCUGCUGGGGCCCCCUAGUGGCUCUCCGGAGGAUUACCAUGAGAACGAGGGCGCCCGGAGGACCAGAGCCGUGGAAAACCAGUAUUCCUUCUACUGAAGCCCGGCGGAUCCCAUCUGAUCCCAGUGGAUCCCGCUCUGAGCUACGGGAAGCACACAAGUAUGACUGUCCAGGUUACAGAUCGCAAGGGAUUAUUUCUGAGGGUGGUAAAUACACUCUGCUCACUUCGUUUCAAGGUUGUAUUUUAAUACAAAUUUAACUCGUCUUAGUCCUCUUCAUGGUUUUAUACUGAAGAUGGUCAUUGAAAAUAUAUAUAAUUAACAGUAUUGUGGAGUGUCCACAACAUUAUUGGGGUUCUCUAAUGGUGUGUCCAAAAACGUGCUCUUAAAAUGCUUAUGGAGGAUUGUUUUAGAAUUAAAAACAGAUAAUAUAUACAUAAUAAUAGUUAUGCCAGGAGUUAGCUUGCCAGAAGCUAGCUGGAGGUUAGGUUUGAAUAACUUUGAAUCAUACCAGUUUUAUCAGAAGAACAUAAUAAAUACUUGGACCUCUAUGACGACAAGUUAAACUAUAAUAUCCGCUAAUUUAUUUUUCCUGCCAGUUUGAAAACGUCCGAACUGACUUCACAAACUGAAUUUACAAACAGAAAGCAGAUUAUGAACAAACCAUUGUGUGCACAAGUACUCCCUGUAGUGUUAUUUAUGAAUACACCCGUUGUCUCUUAUAGAUGCCUUUCAUGGUGCUGGAUGAGGUCUUUGGGGAGUUAGAGAGAGGAAAGAGGAAAUGGUCUGAUGAAUUCCCACAUUAAUCCGCCCAGCCACUUCCUUCUUCAGUUUUUCCAAAACAUUUUUUUGUGGCGGGUGGGAGAGGGAACUUGUCAUCCUCGCUGAGCAAAAGGUUAAAUGACUUUGUAAUCGUUUUGAAUUAAUCGCAUAUUCUCUGGAGCAUUUACAUGUUUGUGAAGAGCUGCUGACUACCGACUCUGAACAUUGGUCUGACCCUCGGAGUCGUUCCACUGAUAGAUUGAUCGGCACAGUUGAAUAGAAAUACAGCAGCUUCCACCUCGCUGUAUUUUGUACCAAUUCUCUAUUUUAAAUCAAAACUGUAAUUUUAGUAAACAUCUGUACAGUCAAAGCUGGUCAGCCAUCCUCAGAUGCCAGAAAGUAUCAUGAACUAGACUAAGAUACUGGCUAAGAUAAAGGUUAAUGCUUAACUAUAACAAAUACAGGGUGAAUUGUCUUGGUGCUCUUUCAGUCACAGUGUACAGUACAUCUUGUGGUGAUAUUUUAGAGUUUGAUAUACGUAGAUAUACUUUAUAAGAUUGCACUAGGCAUACAGUAUAGCACCAUUUUACUGAUGAAGGCAGUCAACCCAAACAUUACAACGGAAAUGAAAAACCUUCUGUGUGGAUCUUCAAUGAAUGUAGGACUGGAUUAUUUUUUAUCUACACACCUUUUAUUAUUAAUUUGAAGGUCAAAAUAAGAUCACAAUCCAUUUCUAUUUAAAAUGCUCUUUCGCUUUGCCUAAAACUAUCUCCAUGUCUAUCUAUGUUUUGCACAGAUCCACUUUAGCUUAGAUUAGAAAAAUGAUUCCCACCAGCUAAACCAAUGAUUCUGCACACAACCUUUCUUUGCAUCUGAAACACUUCUAUAAGACAUUUUUUUAAGUAAAGCCACCAUGUCAAAUUGUGUAAUGGUGGAGAUUUUUGGUUGCAUGUUAUCAGAGGUGAAAAAUCUUGGUUCAGAAAGUACAGUAAAAAUACUCCCUAAUAUUUUGGUCUUACCACCUGGAUUUGCUCAUUAGCGCACUUAUUCAGCCAGGAGGGAGAUUGUAGUCAGUGAAAUUGGAUAGCCGUGUUUGUGCGUAGAAGAAACACAUGGCAGGACUACUUUCUGGCCCCUGAACUUUCCACCUCUGCAUGUUUUUACUCUCUGGCGUAGGACCCUGGAGGGACAGGGUUAAUGUGUGGAAGUACAGUACAGUACUGUAUAGUAUACAUGUCAGUAUACCUCCUGAGGCUCUGAAAACUGCAUUAUUUUACAUCCUUUAGUCAGCUGCCACUGAGCCAACUGUACUUUUUAUGAAGUCUCGGAGGACUUUUGCAUUUAUUUUUGCAAUACUGUGUGCAUUACCUUUAAACAUGCCAACCAAACGUGUGUGUGUUGUUCAGACAAACUCAGUCACAUACACUCCCAUCAACUGAAAUCCUCUUUCUUGAAUGAUUUAGUGAUUGUAGAUAGAUUCAGCCGAUCUGAAAUACGUAUAUAUGAUAUCCCAGUUUAAUGUUUACAUACAAUGGCACGUUCUUUGAAAGGACACGAAUGGACAACUUGUGUCCUUUUAUGGAAACACUUGUCAUGAUUCCUAGUUGGGCCUUAUUGCCGUCUUAUUAGGGAAAACAUUGAUGGUCACUUGUGUUAGUCAGAGAACAAAGAGCAUCUUAGGUAGUCGGAAAUGUUGCUAAAUCUUCCAAACAUCUUUAUACUGUAUGUGAAAUAGCAAAGUCCUGUCAGGUAGAAUCUGGUGGUUAUUUUUACAUAGAGACAUUGACUGUAGUUAUUCAUGCCUUGGGUCUAUGCAUCAUGCAGAACUGCAUGUGACAGCAGCAUGAACAUUUGUGAUAUCUGUGGUUUGACUUGCACCUCAGCCAAUAACUGCAUUCUUCCUCUAAUGUGCUCUGUGGCCAAUGGUACUGUUAGAAAGAAGUGAUGUUUCUUUGAGUCGAAUGUACUGUAUACGUUGGUAUGUGGUAAAAUCAUAAUCUUCACCCUAAAUGGAAAAAAAAGUAAAACAAGAACCUGCCCAAGCACCAGCAUCUUUAAAAUGAGGUGGUUUGAGACAACCCAUCUUUCUGUUAAAAUCGGUACAAAACCAUAAAAUGAUUUAGGUACGGGCCUCAGGAAUAAGUUUGGGAUGCCCUCAAUGGGACAAGGCCGAACACGGUCCUGAUAGCUGUUAACCACUCACAUACUUUCCCUCAAUCACAGGUACACUGAUGGUCAAGAUGACUAACUAGCUCAUUCAUUAUUGGUCCAUGGUUGGGCCUUCUCUUUUGGUGUUCUCCUUAAAGUGUUCAAUGUAACUGUUAUACAAAGAGUGUUCAUACGCACAGUGCCCCAUGGGUAAGAUUACGUGGACUGUGAGUGAUGUAGGCAACAGGGUCUUUUGGAUACGUCCCACCCCACACCCUAUAACCUUUAAUCUCAAACACAAGUGGGUACUGUGUAUGAUUGAAGACCUCCCCUGAAAUAGUGACACUGGGUGGUUGGGGUCAUGAGUUAUUUUGGUUAUUUUCUGUUUGCUCAGUGUUUGGUAAGGGAGGGGCUGUACCUAUGUGAGGUGCCAUGACCAGGUGCGUAGCUAGGAAUUCUGGGCCCCCUGAAAGAAUAUCGCCCUGGGCCCCCAUCUUACUGGAAGUUUCGUGGGCCCUCUCCAACUGUGGGGCCCACUGAGUCGACACCACCUUUCACCCCACUAGUGAUGUCCCGGGCCACGGUUCUCCUUCAGGGGUGCCCAAACCCAACCUGAACACUUGACCUGGUCUUUUCACGUUCAGCUCCUGUAGGCAUCUAAGCACAGUUUGGAUUCUUCUCUGUUAUUGUAUGUACAGCCCACAGAGUUCAGUACACCACCAGGUGACAUGGCAACCCAGAGGAACAGGUGCGGGUUUAGUACAAUGCACAUGUGCCAAUGUAAACAUUGUAUUUUUAGAUUGUUCAUUUCUCAACUAUUGUAUAUGUCUCCUGAGACAGACUUAUUUAUUGGGAGGUUUGUGUGUGUGUGUGCGUGUGUGUUUGUGUGUGUGUGAGUGUGUGUGCGUGUUUUAUAUACAAAGCGCUUACAAAUACAAUAGGCCCCUUAUAGAAAAUCAAAGCCUGUUCACACAAGAAGCUUUACCAUGGAGGGAAAUGUCAUUUCUUUACAGACUCGUUUAUCUUCCCUGUUCUCUUUAAAGCAUUUGUUUUCUAUGUCUUUUUUUAACCGCUGAACCUAUUUUGUCGUCUGCUCACGUUUUGAUGAGUCUGUCCACUUUUGUACAAAGUGAUGUUUACCCGAUGUACUACUUUAUAUUUGUGUGAAUAAAAUCGGUGAACAACA